GGCCCUGGAGAUGAUGACCACAGAGACAGGUGCCACAGCUGACCCCGUACGCCUGGGAGGCUCAGCCUCCAGCAUCAUGAAUAAAGUUCAGGAAAUCAUUGGAGAGGUCCCCCAGAAGCAAUUAUCAGUUGAGGACCUCCGCAGGAUGAGGGAACCCGUCAAGCGGCUGGUGGAGGCUGGCCGGGUGUUGGCCGUCCAGGAAGACCAAUAUGGCCGCCGCUUCGCCAGAAUAACUCUACAAGAGGGACAGCUUUUCCUCCACCCACUCAUGCGUCAGCCCACGCCCUCCCACGCCCACACCCUCCAGCGAGUAAUCACACUAACAACCCAUGUGUUUGGUAGUCCAAUGCACACGCCCCAGACAAUCAAGCCACGACAUGGGAAAAGUAUUACAACGUGGAGUUCUGCUGAGCACACAAGGAUUUCUUGA